AUGAUUUUUAAAAAAAUUGAUAUUUUUUCAGAAACAUUUUUAUUCAACAUAGGUAAUGGUUAAAGAAAAUAAAAGACCAUAUUAGGAUCAUUUUUUUCAAUUAUAACUAUUACAACUAGCAUAUCUUACUUAAUUUUCUUGAUACUUGAGUAUUUAAAUAAUCGAAUUGAUCCUACUUUUAGUUCUUAAGAUUUGGUAUCGUCAGAUCCUGUUAGCAUAAAUUUAACUGAAGAUUUAUUUGCAUUUAGGUAUGAAUACUAGGGCAUGAGUAUUGAAUAGUAUUAAGCUUAAUAAAAUAAAACAUAUUUGGUUAUUAAGGUUUAUUUUUUAUCUAUCAAUGGAGCCUAAAAUUAAGUUAUCCCUCUUAAUUUAUAUUAAUGCCAAAAUGUUAAUCUUGUAGGGUACAACUGCAUCGACUUUACUAGUUUAUAAGAUUAAUUUACAUUAUCUGUGGAUAAUAUUAAUAAUAUUUUCACUUAAAUCUCUAUAGGAGUAUAUGGUUGUUAUGACAUAGACUCAUUAAAAACUGAUAUCCCUGAUAACUGUGCAAGCUAAAAUGAUAUUGAAAAUUUGAUCAAUGUUCGUAAUUCUUACUUAGCGAUAAAAUAUUUUACUUAAUAGUACUAAAUAUAGCAUAAGAGUAAAUAAACUAAUUUCAAGUAAGUUUCCUUUGCUGCAGUGGGAAAUUAAGUAUUACUUUAUCAAAUUUUAAUUUAGAAAUAAAUAACUUAAUUUAAAGAAGGAUUAGUAUUUUAAACAAGUUCUACUUUUUCUGCUCCUUUAUCAUACACCCAAUACAGUGUAGGAAUUGAUAGAUAGUAUUCUAUAUAAAAUUUAUCAACGAGUGGGUAUUUGCAAAUUCUAUUAUCUACAGAUACUCAAGUAAAGUAUAUUAGUAUCUAAUAUCCUUCUAUAACUUCAAUUUUAGCUCAAGUUAAUAGCUUGUUUUCAUUUUUUAUGGUUUUAGGUAUAUUUGCUAAGAAUAUAGCUUAGAAAAUAUUGAAUAAGAAAUUAUUUUUAUUGUUUUUAUAGAACUAGUAUUAGGACACAUAUGAGAAAGUGAUGCAAUAUAAUAAUUUAUUUUAAUAAAAUUAUGGAAUAUAUUUUUAAAAAGAAGCAAGUGAUGAACCUGGAGACGAAAAAGAAGAUUUUAAAAAUACAUAAAAUUAUAACAUCCCAUUAUUUUAGACAAAAUUAAAAAGCUUUCCAUUUUCUAAAAGUCCCAAUUAAAUCAAAUUAUAAGAAAAUUUAAAAUUAGAAAAUCAAGACUAACCAUUUUAAGCUUUAUAAGAGCAAAAUGAUUUUUAGUAACUAUAACUAUCAAUGGAAUCGACUUAAAUUAAAAAAUCAUAAUUAAGUAAAUCUAUUGCAAACUUAAAGUAAGAUCUUUGUAAAGAUUCCCUACUUCAAACACCAAAGAUUUAAAGAAAUUCAUCAUUAAUUGACUGCUUAAAUUAGCCUUAGUCUCCUUAAGAAUUGACCUUAUAUAAAGGCCAAUCUACUAUAAACUUGAAAUUAAAUUAUACAAAAGACUGCUCUUUUUAAACAUAAAAGAGAAAAAAAAGUUCAUUUUUCAUAGGAUACUUAAAUUAACUUUAGCCUAAGGGUUUGUAACAAAAUAAUUAACCAAAUUAAAAUAACUAGAGAUAAAAUAAUUAGAUUAUUUAGUAUUAUGUUGAUAAGCUAAAAGCAUUGUAAAAUCCAAAUUCUUUAAGAAUAGUUAAAAAAUUACUAUUCAAAAAGGGAAAUAAAAGUUAGUAAGACGAUCUUAAUUAUGAAACCAGAAAAAAGCUUGAAGACAAAUUUAAUUCUGAAAUUGAUAUCUUUAAACUAUAUAAAGAUAUCAUAUUUUUAAAAAAAGCUAUUAUGAUUUUACUAAGCAAAGAUUAACUUGCAGCUUUAUAACUGGUCGGAUGCUAAAUAGAUUCUUGUGAUCCAUAAUAGCAAGAUGUAGAAUAAGGAUAAAGGAUUAAAAAUAAUGUUAGAAAAAAAAACUAUUAUGAGGAGUAACUCUCUAUUUUAUAAUCUUAGGAACUAUUGUUUGUUUUCUACAAAUAAAUUUUAAAGUAGAAUCUUAACAAAUAAAAAGAUAACUAGUAAUUGAGUGAUUAAUAAAUAGGUAAUGGUUAAAGAAAAUAAAAGACUAUUAUAGGAUCAUUUUUUUCAAUUAUAACUAUUACAACUAGCAUAUCUUACUUAAUUUUCUUGAUAUUUGAGUAUUUAAAUAAUCGAAUUGAUCCUAAUUAUAACUCUUAAGUUUAGAUAUCCCCUGAUCCUGUUAGCAUAACUUUAACGGAAGAUUUAUUUGCGUUUAGGUAUGAAUACUUGAGUAUGAGGUAUAACUGCAUCGACUUUACUAGUUUAUAAGAUUAAUUUACAUUAACUGUGGAUAAUAUUAAUAAUAUUUUCACUUAAAUCUCUAUAGGAGUAUAUGGUUGUUAUGACAUAGACUCAUUAAAAACUGAUAUCCCUGAUAACUGUGCAAGCUAAAGUGAUAUUGAAAAUUUGAUUAAUUUUAGUGACUCUUACUUGUCUAUAAAAUAUUUUACUUAAUAGUAUGAAAUAUAGCAUAAAAAUAAAUAAACUAACUACAAUUAAAUUGCCUUUUAUGUAGUAGGAAAUUAGAAAUAAAUUACUCAAUUAAAAGAAGGAUUAAUAUUUCAAACAAGUUCUACUUUUUCUUCUCCUUUAUCAUUCACUCAAUACAGUUUAGGAGUUGAUAGAUAGUAUUCUAUAUAAAAUGUAUAGACGAGUGGGUAUUUGCAAAUUCAAUUAUAUACAGAUACUCAAAUAAAGUAUAUUAGCAUCUAAUAUCCUUCAAUAACUUAAAUUUUAGCUCAAGUUAAUAGCUUGCUUUCAUUUUUUAUGAUUUUAGGUCUAUUGGCUAAGAGUUUAGCAUAGAAAAUAUUGAAAAAGAAAUUAUUUUUAUUGUUUUUAUAAAAUAAGUAUUAAGACACAUAUGAGAAAAUCAUGUAAUAUAACAACUUAUUUUAAUAAAAUCAAGUAGUAUAUUUUUAAAAAGAAGCAAAUGAAGAACCUGGCGAUGAAAAAGAAGAUUUUUAAAAUUAAUAAAAUAACAACAUCCCAACAUUUUAGACAAAUUUAAAAAAUUUUUAAUUUUCUAAAAGUUCUAAUUAAAUCAAAUAAUCAGAAAAUCAUAAAUUAGAAAAUGAAAACUAAACAUUUUAAGCUUUAUAAGAGGGAAGGGAUUUUUAGUAACUAUAACUAUUAAUAGAACCCACUUAAAUUAAAAAAAAAUAAUUAAAUAAAUCUAUGGCAAGCUUAAACUAAGAUUUUUUUAAAGAUUCCCCACUACAAACGCCAAUGAUGUAAAGAAAUUCAUUAUUAAUUGACUAAUUAAAUUAGCCUUUGUCUUCUUAAGAUUAGACUUUAUAUCAAGGUCAAUCUAUUACAAACUCGAAAUUAAACUAUACAAAAGACUGCUCGUCUUCAACAUAAAAGAGAAAAAAAAGUUCAUUUUCUAUAGGAUACUUAAAUUAACUUUAGUCUUAGGGCUUGUAAUAAAAUAAUUAACCAAAUUAAAAUAACCAAAGAUAAAACAUUUAGUUAACUCAAUAUUAUGUUGAUAAGCUAAAAGCAUUGCAAAAUCCAAAUUUGUUAAGAAUAGUUAAAAAAUUACUAUUCAAAAAUGGAAAAACAAAUUAGUAAGAAGAUCUAAACUAUUAAACUAGAAAAAAGCUUGAAGACAAAUUUAAUUCUGAAAUUGAUAUCUUUAAAUUAUAUAAAGAUAUUAUAUUUUUAAAAAAAGCUAUUAUGAUUUUGUUAAGCAAAGAUUAACUGGCAGCUUUAUAAUUGGUUGGGUGCUAAAUAGAUUCUUGUAAUCAAUAGUAGUAAGACAUAGGAUAAGAAUAAAGGAAAAAAAAUAAUGUUAGAAAGAAAAAUUAUUACGAAGAGUAACUCUCUAUUUUAUAAUCUUAGGAACUUUAAUGCAAGCACAUUAAAAGCUAUUUACAAAAAUGCAACAAUAGCAUAAAUUUAGGAGAAGUCGAUUAUAGAAUAAUUUCUUCCAUCAUUAGAAAUUAAAAUUUAAGUUGA